AGGAGAGAUCAGCAAGAUUAAGUCAAAAAGGAAACGUUAACUUGUGUACCAUUCUGGAUUCAGGGACAAUGCUAGAGCACAGAGGAUCAAGAGAGCAGCGACAGCACUGUGCUGGCCAGAAGGCAGGCACCGAAUCAGAUAUUCCCCACUUGUAAUCAAAAUGUACCGAAAAGGGAUUUCCCACAGCAACGUUCAUCAUCGAGCUGUAGUCGGAUGUGUCAGAUCGCCAGCAAAAGCUCUCCAGAACAUUUUUUUUCCAGCCAGCCAGCUUUAAAGAUGCUACAGCAGCACCUUGUGAAAACACCGGCACCCGGACUCCACUAUCUCCUUGGUUUAAGAACAGUUUUAACUUUCAGCUGCCUGCCAGUUCUCACGGGGAGAGCCCUUUCAGUAACCACUGAAACACCAAUGCUGAACCAGAGAUUUUGUUUUGAUUUUCACAUAUUCUCACUGCAGUUUAACAGAGAGGAUUCACGAGAUGGAGGGGAAAAUAUGUCAGUAACGUGUCUGCGUGUCCAACACAUCAAGCUAAUCCCCACUUUCUCUGACAGAUAUCUGCUGUUAUUAAUUGUUUUGAUCUCUCCCUUUUUCCCCAAAAAACGAUAAACUCCCAUACACGGCAAAGCAAUAAGCGGUCGCUCUCGCUGUAAUGCCAUUACUGACUGUUCUCAAUACGCUUUUCAAUAACACCAGAAUUAAAGGGGCGAAAUUGUCACAGAAAACCAAAUGUCACCAAAUGUCUGACAUAACCCCUUAUUUGUAAACAAAACAGCCUGCUGCAUAAAAUGUUUCCGAAAUACCAAUGGCCCUCCUGCAAUUUUGUACUAUAAGUCCUAACUAAAUUUGGCGUAGGUGAUAAAUGUGCAAGCUGGCCUGUAUGGCAGAGAUUGUAAUUCUGGUCCUUGAAUCAAAGUCUCCUAAACGCUAUUUAAAAUUAUUGCUGGAAAGGCAUUUUCUCAUCUGCCCUUGUCUGCUUUGCUUCUUUCCGUACAGAGCCAAAUGUACAUUUUUCUUCAUUUUCUUUCCCUAAGAAUAUUUCUUAUUUUUGUCAAUCUCUGAAUGGAUUUUUUUGCGUAGUCGGUGCCUUCAUUUGUUACCCCAGAUGAUUUUCAAACAUGCCUCCAGGGCCCAUUCAGAACCCUGUAAUAUUUCAGAAACAAGAUUUUUCGCUGUAUUUGUCAACAUUUUACAUAUAGUCAAUUUUGGAAGCAUUACAAAAGCCGGCGAUUAAUUGAAUGCCAAAUACAAGUACAAGCCCACCCCAGAUUUCCCAUCUACAGCCUAUUAAAAAAACAAUAACCCCCCAAAAUGUGCACUAAGAAAACCUUUCACAUGUUAGUAACGCACAACUUCUUUAUAAACUGUGGUGACAGUGACAGAAAAAGAACAGUACGGUGUUGCUGCACCGAUCCACAUCACUUGCAUUGUGUGAGAUUGUGUUUGCGCCCAUAAAUUUUGUAUGUGAAUAUAACAAGCAUAUGUAUAAUGCAACAGAUCCCAUAGAUACUGUAAAUGCGUAUGUGGGAGAGUAGAUAAAGAAGAUGAGUGGGCAGCAUACAGGAUUGAAAGAGAUUUAUUUUGUGGACAAAUGAUAUAUAGAUGCCAUGGGAAGACAGAGAGAGAAAAAAAUGAACUGAGCGACAGAGCGAUGAAGGAAAGGAGAGAUCGGCAGAGAGACAGGAGAGAGCUAAUUUGCAAAGUGAUGGUGUUAUGGUCAGAUGUGCAAAGUUCACACAAGCACAGCAGUUGCCUGGAUAAACCGCUGGAAAGCUACACUGACAGGAUUCAGUGACACAUAACUGCAGCGGCUGGACAGGACUGAGAUGGCUGGUACCACGGGGAUGGAUGGCACAGUUAGCAAACGAACUGACCGACAGAGAGAACACAGGCACACUUGGUAGGAGCCUGCACGCUCUGGACACACAGACAAGGCCAACACUAUGAAUGAAAGCUAAAUAAAUGGGAAAUGAACAGAAAGGGAGGAUGGGCGAAUGUGAGCCUCGACAGACAGAUGCACUCGGUGAACCAGAUGAACGUGCAGGGCAGAUAGACGAGGCAAGGGACGCAAGAGAUGGAACGGGACAGGCAAAGGAGGGACAGCGGGACACGCAGGGACGGAGGCAAGCCCCGCUGCAGCUGGAAGGACCGCCGGAGGGGAGCCGGGGGCACGGGGGCUGCGGAGGGACGGAGGAAUGCGGCGAGGGGAGCUGCAGGGGCGCAACCUGGGGAGAAGCCCGGGCACAGGGGCACACACCGGGAGGGCGGGAAGGAGCAAGCAGAGCUCGGGCAAGAUGCUGCGGGGCAGAGAGCGAACGAGGCAGAGGGCGUGCAGGGUCCGGAGCCCGGCGGGGAUGCUGCGGCGGAGCCGCGAAUCGGCGCGAUCCCAGGAGAAGCCGCACGGAUCCAGGCGGUCAGAGCAGCUCUUCGGCUCGCUGCCUCGCUCGCUCCUUUUAAACAAUAUCUCCCUUUGGAAGGUCUCGGGAAGCGGCUCGCUCUUCGCUUAUCUUGCUCGGAUCUUCUCCUGCUAAUUUCCCCCCCGCUGCAAAAUCACGACAUUGUGGCACUUUCUACUGAAACUUUUAUACAGGAGUUAAAACCACGUGGGAACUCCAACCUAUAACAGAGACGCCAUGGGUUCCUCACUAUUUAGAACAUUAAGUUAAGUCUUUUGCCCCCUGGGCUAUUACAGUAACUUCCUGAUGUGGAAAU